AUGUCCGAGCCCGAGGGAGUGAAGGCAUGGUUUGCUUGUGGGCCGGGCAUGUGCGACAUGGAUGCAGCCACGACAAGCGAUGGCUUGAGGAUAUUCGCCGGUGGGGCGGAAGGCACGGUCAAGGUGGGAGCAAAGCCUGGUGAUGGUGAGGCGGUGUUCGACCCGAAGAGCUCGAGCAUCCAGGACGCCGUGGCAGAGCUAAACCUCGACGUCAACGACGACGGGGACGAGGGCCUCGCGGUCACCGCCGUGGCCGUCAGCCCUGCCGGCGACGAGCUGGCUGUGGGCCUCAGGAACGGGGACGUCAAGCUGCACGGGCUUCCAAAGCUGGACUUCAAGUCGAUGCUCACGAGGUUCACGGCACCGGUGCUCGGCCUGGCCUACGGCAUGAAGGACGGGGACGUGAUUGCCGCGUGCAGCGAGGAGCCGGGAAUCCGAGUUGUCAGGAGGAGCAACAACAGCAAGGUUCUUACCCUCACCGACAUGAGCGGGGGCGUGAAAAGCGUCGACUGGGACCCUUGUGGGGACUUCCUUGCUGCCUCAGGCUUCGACGGGACUGUGAAGGUGUGGAGGGUCGACCCCUCCUUGGAUGAUCUGAGCACGGAGGUGGUUAUGUCGGAGAGCUACUUCGUCAAGGAGGCGAUGGGGGGAUCGGCGGAGUUCGAGCACCUCGGCAAGCUCGCUUGGCACCCAGACGGAAAGAGCUUGAGCGUCACGGGCGCCGCGGACCCCCUCAUGCUCAUGCGCGACUCGUGGAAACGGUCGAUCAUCGUCCCCGAAAACGCCGAAGACGGGGGGCACACCAAGGAAAUCACCAUCGCAGCCUUCAGCCCGGACGGCGGGCGGCACCUCGCCACGGCCGCCCUCGACGGACGCUUGGUGGUGUGGGACGUGGAGGAGCGGCUUGCAGUGAAGACUUUUGUCAACACGGACCAGGAGAACUGGCGACACCUCAAGUGGCUGGACAAGUCGACGGUGGCGGCGUUGUCGAUCGGCGGAGGCGUUUGCACCCUCAGCUACAACCCCGUAACGGCAGCCGCCAAGCCUACCGGGAAGAGCUCUGGCAACAGCGCCACGGAGGUGGAGACCACACCGCGGCAGGACCCGUUCCAGCCGUCGUCUACCCCGCUGGAGGAGGCCCGCAGGUACCUCUGCUGGAACCGCGUGGGCACCAUCAUCAGCGUUGACGAGGUGACACAAGAUACCACACCUCCUGAACCGAUUUUCAAAGCUUGA